AUACAACAGAACAACAACUACAAUGUCCCAGAAACUGAAGUUUCUUAUAUUGAAUCCCUCUCCGGAAGAUCUCGACAAAGUAUUGACCAAGUCCAACCUCCAAUACACCAAGAAUGGUCCAUUUGAAGCAACCAUAUUACUAGGCGAUGUCCUACCAUCUGGUUCAAACUUACCCAAGGUACAACUCGAAGGAAGCACAUACUUUUGCGAAGGAAAGAACGGAGUAUCUGAAAAUAUAUCCAUUUCAACAGAUUCCUUAAUUUCAGUUGAUAAAAACUUAACAUUUAUGAAAUCUGCCGUGAAUGUUUUAAGGCUAACUUCAGGACUAGUAGUGAUGAUGGUAUCAGGAAACCCACUGAUUCCAAAAGAAGAACUAAUCAACCAAGUGAAAGAAGUCAAGGUUAAAGUCGACAUAUUAGUUACAUACGAAUGGCCCAAGACAAUAGCAUAUAUUGAACAAUUGACGCUCGUGGGGAGUGAAGUAAUUGACCAAGUUAUUAAACUAGUUAAACCAAGGUAUCAUUUUGCAGUGGGGAACAUCACAGGUAAAUUCUUUGAAUUGGAACCAUUUGCAUGGGAUUCAGGUGAAAUAACCAGAUUUAUAAGUUUAGGUCAGGAAGGAACUGGAUCUAAGUGGUUCUACGCGUUUUCCUUGGGACUCAUCCAAGAAGAUGUUCUUAAAUUAAGAGAGAACCCAUUCACAAUACAAACUAAAAAGAGAGAAUUAGAAAUUGUCGAAGAUAAAGCUGAAACAAAGAAAGUUAAAGUUGUUUCGCCAGAGUCCUGUUUCUUCUGUCUCGGAAACCCUAAAAUAGAACAUCAUAUGAUCGUAUCAAUCGGUGCCAAUGCAUAUCUAACUAUAGCAAAGGGUCCAUUAACUAGAUCAAACAGAAACUUGUAUUUUUCAGGACAUGGUAUACUUAUACCUAUAGAACAUAUUCCGACUAUCAGAUCAAAAGGUGACAUUCAAGAUAAUCCUAUAUACAAAGAGAUUAUCAAGUAUCAACAGUCAUUAGUAUCUGCAUUCUUUGAACAAAAACCAAGCUAUAGACUUGUGUUUUGGGAAGUUAGUAGAUCAACUAAUGUGCAUCUCAACAUUCAAUUUGUACCCGUAGAGGAACAAUUCUUGGGUAAGUUUGCUCCAUCAUUGUCUUCAAGAACUAAAGCAAACAAUAUAAAAUUCACCAAGAAUCAUAAGUUGAACUUUCACAAAUUUAUAGACUUGCAAGAUCCUAAGUUGGCUGGGAUAAUCAAUAAAUCAGACUAUAUCAUGUUCACGAUAUGGACCAACCCGACCGAACAGGAAAUCCACAUAGCUGAACUUGACGAUGCGUCCAAACCUAUAGACAUUCAAUUUCCAAGAAGAGUACUAGCAGACACUUUAAACCUACGCAGUCGAGUGUACUGGGAUAAAUGUCAACAACCCAAGUUCAAAGAAAUUGAAGAUUGUGAGGAAUUUAAAAAGUUCUUUCAUAACCAUGAUUUUACCAUUUCCUAGAUAUAUACACAUGUAAACUAAUUUAACUCCAGUACACAUUUAGAACAUCCACAGUCGAAAAACCAUUCUUGUAAUUGUUUUCUUCGAGAUUCUACAUUCUCAUCCAAAAAAAUUCCCAUAGUUAAUACACAACUCUUCUCCAGCAGAAAUAUCCCUUAAUGUUGUAAAUACCAAUUGAUUCCCAAUUCUAGUCUUGACAAGAUUUGGCGCACAUGAAUGGUUGAAAAAUGAUGCUGAUGGAUAUACUCCAAAUCCCAAGAAUUCUUUAUCUUCCUUUGGGUCAGAAACUUCUGACCAGAUCCCAAAUGCAUUAGAUAGGUUUCUACCAAUAAUACACCUUAUUUCAUCGGUAUUUAUGUACGGCUGCAAUUGUUCACUAACCGUGAGUUUAAGAAAUUUAUAGAUAUUGAUGUACGAAUAUAACAAAUACGGGUAUUUUCGUACCUUUUCCAAUUCGGUUGAUUGCAAAGUAUUGAAAUAUUGUAAUUCGAAUUGAUUUUGUUCUUCUCGUUUAAUGUCUUGGAAAUACUCAGGUGAAGUGAUUCCCGAAUUUCCGUAUUUGUACAUGCUAAAUAGUGCCCCAAUCACAUAAUUAAUCUCCAAAUAUUCACUUUCAUCAAUUCUUGGUAGUAUACUUUCACGUUUUGAAGGCUUCAUGGUCUUUAAUUUUUCUUCCCAACUACCCACUUUCUCCCAUUCCUGUAGUAUUUCAGUAUCGAGAUCCUUUGGUUCUUUUGGUUCCACCUCAUGUUUCUUUAACCCUUGUAAAUAGUUCUUCUCCACAAGCAUCAAAUUUUUCAAAUAGAUACCUUCUCCAUCUUCUUGUGAAAACUUAUCUCGACAUUCCUCAGUACAAAACACUAUAGAACACAUUUGCUUCCCAAAUUGUUGUGAACGUUUAAUCUUCCAUGUCUUCCCAUUGUCAUACUUGAAACAGUAGUGACACACUUCUUUCUUGAAUGGUCUCGCUAUGGACGAACUUAUUGGCGAGGAACAUCUAUGUAUUAUUGUCCCACUUGGUAUUAUUGAUUUGGCAAAACAUCCUCGACCUCCAUAUACGGUUUUAUCCACACUAAAUAAAGGAGAUAUAAGUUGUAACGCUGUUUCUGGAUAAUCAACCAAAGUUAAUUCAUCACUCAGUAGUAUAUCAUCAGAGGCCAUGGUUUGUCUACUGUAUCACAGGUUUGCACUCUCUCUAAACGUGGCAUCGC